AUGGACACCGAGUACCAAUCCUUCGUCGAGACCCUCCGGGCCGGGCAGAAACCAGAGUUUCCGGCCCACGCAAAGACCAUCGAGUAUGCAAGAGAGCUUGAUGCCCACGAUAAGUUGAGUCAACUUCGGAGCGAUUUCAACAUUCCAACCAAGGGUUCUUUACGAAAAAAGGCCCUCGAUGGCGGGGUGGCUGGGGAAACGAAAGAACCGAGAGUGCCCAAUGGUGUCAGCUCUGCUACAAAGCCAAACGGUACCGUAAAUAGUGACUUAAAGGAUGACGAAGCCUCCAUUUACUUUGUCGGCAACUCGCUGGGCGCCCAGCCAAAAUGCAUUCGACAGUAUAUCGACGCCCAUCUCGAGACAUGGGCAUCCAUCGGUGUCAACGGCCACUUCACCUCGUUCGACAACUCACCCCUGGCCUCCUGGCAAGACAUGGCGGCGGCCUGCGCAGCCCAAUCGGUUGACCUUGUCGGAGCCAAGUCCGCCAACGAGAUCAUCUACAUGAACACCCUAACAGUGAACUUACACCUGAUGAUGGCAAGCUUCUACCGCCCAACCGCCAAACGCCACAAGAUCAUCGCCGAGUGGAAGCCCUUCCCCAGCGACUCCUACGCCCUCGCCUCCCAACUGCACUGGCACGGCCUCGCCCCCGCGACCUCCCUCAUCGAAAUCCACCCGCCCAACCCGACCGGCUCUUCCCCGCCCACCCUCACCCUCACCACGUCCCACAUCCUCGCCACCAUCGACGCGCACGCCGACAGCACCGCCCUGCUGCUCCUCCCCGGCAUCCAGUACUACACGGGCCAGCUCUUCGACAUGGCGCGCAUCACGCGGCACGCACGCGCGCGGGGGAUCGUGGUGGGCUGGGACCUGGCGCAUGCGGUGGGGAAUGUGGAGCUGGAGCUGCAUGCGUGGGGGGUGGAUUUUGCGGUGUGGUGUACGUAUAAGUAUCUGAAUGCGGGACCGGGGGCGCUGGGGGGGGUGUUUGUGCAUGGGAGGCAUCAUUCUUUUCAUCGUGGUGGUGGUGGUAGUGGUGGUGUUGGCGGUGGUCGGGGUGAGGGUGGAGAUGGGGAUGGUGGGGAUGGUGGGGAUGGAGAUGGGAUGGCGCUGGGGUAUAGGCACCGGCUGGCGGGUUGGUAUGGGGCGGACAAGGCUGUGCGGUUUGAGAUGGAAAAGGUGUUUUGGCCGGCGGAGGGCGCGGCGGGGUGGCAGGUGUCGAAUCCCAGUGUGGUGGAUCUUGCGUGUGUGCGGGCGACGUUGGGGAUGUUUGAGCGCGUGGGGAUGCGGGCGUUGAGGGAUAAGGCGGUGCUGUUGACGGGGUAUUUGGAGUGGUUGUUGUUGGGGCUGCUGGCAGACGGGGUGGGCAAGGGAGGGGAUGGGGAAGCGGCAUUUAGGAUUAUCACGCCGGGGCAUCCGGCAGACAGAGGAUCGCAGCUGAGUUUGUUGUUGAGAGGGGGUUUGUUGGAGGGGGUGAGUAAAGAGUUGGCUGAUGGGGGGGUUGUGGUGGAUGUAAGAAAGCCGGACGUCAUUCGGGUGGCACCGGUCCCUAUGUAUUGCAGGUUCGAGGAUGUCUGGGGGUUCAUAACGGUGUUCAACAGGGCGCUAGACAGGUGUGCAUGA